CCCGCCGCGCUGCGGCUGCGUGGGGAGAGGUUCGGAUCGCGGGUUCGAAUCCCGGCGGAGCCGGCCCGGCCAUGGCUGCGGCCCUCGAGCCGGCGGAGGCCGAGCCGUGCCCGGAUCCGCCCGCGCACCGGCUGAGCGUAGCGGAGCUCGACCGUGAGCUGGACUCUCGGAGCGAGCUGAUUGACGACAAAGAAUUCGACAUUCCUCAAGUUGAUACCCCUCCAACGCUGGAGAGCAUCCUAAAUGAGACUGAUGAUGAAGAAGAGUCUUUCAUUUUGGAGGAUCCUUUUCUCUUGAACAUUGAUAACACAGAUACACACUCCUAUGACACCUCUUCUGUGGCCAGCUCUGACAGUGGGGACAGGACACACCUGAAAAGGAAGAAAAAACUCCCAGAUUCUCUCUCGCUCCAUGGAUCAGUGAUACGGCUCUCACUCCUGAAAGGAAUUUCUGCCCAAAUAGUGUCUGCAGCAGACAAAGUGGAUGCUGGCUUGCCAACUGCAAUUGCAGCAUCAAAUCUGAUAGCAGUGGGGACUUCCCAUGGGUUAGCACUGAUAUUUGAUCAGAACCAGGCUCUCCGGCUGUGUCUGGGCAGCACCGCAGUUGGGGCCCAGUAUGGGGCCAUCUCUGCUCUCAGCAUCAACAAUGACUGUUCCAGGCUGCUCUGUGGCUUUGCAAAAGGACAGAUCACCAUGUGGGAUCUGGCCAGUGGGAAGCUGCUGCGAUCAAUAACAGAUGCCCACCCUCCAGGAACAGCCAUUUUGCACAUCAAGUUUACAGAUGAUCCAACUCUCGCAAUUUGCAAUGACAGCGGAGGCUCCGUGUUUGAACUGUCAUUUAAGAGGGUUAUGGGAGUGAGGACGUGUGAGUCUCGGUGUCUCUUCAGUGGCUCCAAGGGGGAAGUUUGCUGUAUUGAGCCAUUACAUGCAAAGGUUGAUUUGAGAGACCAUCCUAUCACCCAGUAUUCACUGCUGGCCAUGGCCUCCCUCACUAAGAUCCUGGUUAUUGGCCUGAAGCCAUCUCUGAAAGUGUGGAUGACCUUUCCCUAUGGUCGUAUGGACCCCUCGAGUGUCCCUCUGCUGGCAUGGCACUUUGUGGCAGUGCAGAACUCGGUGAACCCCAUGCUUGCCUUCUGUCGAGGAGAUGUCGUGUACUUUCUUCUGGUCAAGAGGGAUGAUAGUGGUGCAAUACAUGUCACGAAGCAGAGGCAGCUUCAUCUGCACUACGAUCUCAUCAACUUUACUUGGAUCAACUCACGGACAGCGGUGCUGCUGGACAGUGUGGAGAAGCUGCACGUCAUAGACCGUCAGACUCAGGAGGAGCUGGAGACCAUCGAGAUCUCAGAGGUUCAGCUGGUCUACAACAGCAGCCACUUCAAGUCUCUGGCCACGGGGGGCAAUGUCAGCGAGGCCUUGGCACUGGUUGGAGAGAAAGCUUGCUACCAGUCCAUCAGCAGCUGUGGUGGUCAGGUCUUUUACCUUGGAACUAAAUCUGUUCAUGUCAUGACAUUGAGAAGCUGGAGAGAGAGAGUGGACCACCUUCUGAAACAAGAACGUCUCACAGAUGCCCUGGCUCUUGCUUGGUCCUUUUAUGAAGGUAAAGCAAAGGCUGUUGUAGGCUUGACUGGGGACACGAACAAGAGGAAAGCAGUCAUUGCUGACAGAAUGGUUGAAAUCCUUCUCCAUUACACUGAUCGGACUCUGAAGAAAUGUCCUGACCAAGGAAAAAUCCAGGUUAUGGAGCAGCACUUUCAGGAUGUGGUGCCUGUCAUCGUGGAUUACUGUCUCCUGCUGCAGCGCAUGGAUCUAUUAUUUAACCAGAUAUAUGACAAGAUGAGUGAGAACUCUGUAGCCAAAGGCAUCUUUCUAGAGUGCUUGGAGCCAUAUAUCUUGAGUGAUAAGCUGAUGGGAAUCACAGCUCAAGUGAUGAAAGAUUUGCUGCUUCACUUCCAAGACAAGAACAGGUUGGAAAACUUGGAAGCCUGCAUUGUGCAUAUGGAUAUCACCAGUUUAGACAUACAGCAGGUGGUUCUCCUGUGCUGGGAAAACCGCCUGUAUGAUGCCAUGAUCUACGUCUACAACAGCGGGAUGAACGACUUCAUCAGUCCCAUGGAGAAGCUGUUCAAAGUCAUUGCUCCUCCACUGAAUGCUGGAAAGUCUCUCACAGAUGAGCAGGUGGUGAUGGGCAACAAGCUGCUUGUGUAUAUAAGCUGCUGCUUGGCAGGUCGUGCAUAUCCGUUGGGUGAUAUUCCUGAAGAUCUGGUGCCUUUGGUGAAAAAUCAGGUGUUUGAGUUUCUGAUCCGGCUGCACUCAGCUGAGGGAUCUGUGGAUGAGGAGGUGUAUCCCUAUGUUCGGACCCUGCUGCACUUUGACACACGGGAAUUCCUCAAUGUGCUGGCUUUGACUUUUGAAGACUUUAAGAAUGAUAAGCAAGCUGUGGAGUAUCAACAGAGAAUUGUGGACAUUCUUCUGAAAGUCAUGGUGGAGAAUUCUGACUUCACCCCAUCACAGGUUGGCUGUCUUUUUACCUUCCUUGCCCGGCAGCUCGCCAAGCCAAACAACACCUUGUUUGUCAACAGGACACUGUUUGACCAGGUGCUGGAGUUCCUGUGCAGCCCAGAUGACGACUCCCGGCAUUCCGAGAGGCAGCAGGUCCUUUUGGAGCUGCUCCAGGCAGGAGGGAUCGUGCAGUUUGAAGAGAGCCGCCUUAUCCAAAUGGCAGAGAAGGCUGAAUUCUAUCAGAUUUGUGAGUUCAUGUAUGAACGUCAGCUUCGUUAUGACAAAAUCAUCGGCUGUUACCUGCGGGAUCCCCUGAGGAAGGAAGAAGUUUUCAACUACAUCCACAACAUCCUGUCCAUGCCUGGCUACAGUGCUGAGGAGAAGCAGCUGGUGUGGCAGAAAGCUUUGGACCAUAUAGAGGAGCUGCUGGUGCUGAGCCCAGGUAAAGCAGCUGACCUGGCAGCCAUUCACUUCAGUGAGCAGAUCGAGAGCAUCAUCUCAAACCUUCAGGACAAGUUCUUGCUCUUCCAGUUCCUGAGGAGUCUCCUUGAUCCAAGAGAAGGCAUUAACCAAGACCUGCUACACCUCCCACCCUGUAUCACUGAGCAGUUCAUCGAGCUGCUCUCUCAGUACAGCCCUGACCAGGUUUUGGAGACACUCAAAGUUCUGGAAUACUGCAGACUGGAGGAAACCAUCCAGAUAACCCAAAAACAUCAGCUCCAUGAGGCUUCUUCGUAUUUGCUAGAGAAGAAGGGAGAUAUCCAUGGUGCCUUUUUGGUUAUGCUUGAGCGAUUGCAGAGCAAGUUGCUGAUGCUUACUCAAGAUGAUGGAAGCUCAGUUGAACCAUCUUUGCUAGAAAACAUUGAAGAUACUUUAAUGAAAACAAUUGCUCUUUGCCAGAGGAAUUCACAUAGUUUAGACCAGCAACAGCGAGAGGCCCUCUGGUUUCCCCUGCUUGAGGCCAUGAUGUCCCCACAGAAAUCCUCUGGUUCAUCGCAGUGUCCAUUCUCUGAAUCUUUGAAGAGUUUGACAAUGCAAGUGCUGAACAACAUGGCUGCAUUUAUUGCUCUUCCCUCAAUCCUGCAGAGGAUUCUCCAGGAUCCAGUUUAUGGAAAAGGGAAACUUGGAGAAAUUCAAGGGCUUGUUCUGGGAAUGCUUGACACUUUUAACUAUGAACAAACCCUUCUAGAGACAACCACGAGCCUUUUAAACCACGAUCUUCACUGGUCCCUGUGUAACCUGAGAGCCUCUGUCACCAGAGGCCUUACCCCAAAGCAGGAUUACUGCUGCAUCUGUCUCCAGCAGUACAAAAGAAGGCAAGAAACAGCUGAUGAAAUCAUUGUUUUCAGCUGUGGCCAUUUGUACCACUCACUGUGCCUGCUGAGCAAGGAGUGCGGGGUGGUCACCAAGGGCCUCAUGAGGUGGAUGUGCUACAAAUGCAACUCGAGCAACAAGGGAGGGAAGCUGAGUGAGAACUUCUCAGAGCUGAAAAAAGGGACUGCAGCAUCCCUGGCACAGAUGAGUUCAGAGUCUGCGUUGGAUCCUCAGCAAAUCCAAGCUUUUGACCAGCUCUGCCGACUGAACCGAGGCACCUCCCGACUGGCUCUCCUGACGGAGCUGGCGCGUGGGGGUGACAAGCACGGGCUGCUCAGUGUUUCCCACGGGGACCCGGCCACCAGCAGCGUCUUCCAGAAUGAGAACUUCCAGCUGCACCUGACUCCCCCUCCGCUGGCUGAAGAGUAGCGCUCCUGCCCUGGCCAGGCCAGGGCUGCUCCCAGGACAUGGUGCUGGGAAGCCUUCCCACCACAACACAGGAUUUUCCCCUGCACCACCUUUCCCAGAACCCGCUGUGCUGAGCCUCGCUGGGCACCGGUGGGUCAUAGCUGGGCGAUACCCCAGCUCUGCUUUGGCAGUCCUGGGGCAGCUGGGCUGGAAGCUGGAACUCUGGGACAAACCCCAGCAUGCUGAGGCAUGGGAAGGGCUGCCUGUGCUGACCCGGGGGCUCGUGGCAACAGCAGGAACUUUUCCAAGUAACCAGCUCUGCCCCACUGGAGACGCCUGUCCUGUGCCCAGAGGCCCGGUGUCCCUGUGCUGGUUCUGUGGCUGGGGGCCACACCUGAGUUCUGUGUUCUCCUAAAAGCAGCUGUUCUUGCAAGGCCUGGCCCUGCUGUCUCAUGGCAACAGUCAUGGGGUCUGAAGGCACAGAAUGGGCAAAGCUGGACAAGGCUGAAGAAUGCAGGAAAUGGCACCUGUGUGAGCAAACUGACCUGCACAUGUUCUGCCUACCUAUUAAAGAGGCCCUUGGCUGAACUUC